ACUGCAAUAAGUCUGAAAUAAAACGUGUUUGAAGCACAAAACAAAAGCGCACAAAGCAGCGACAAUAGUGUAAAAAAAGAAAAAAAAAAUAAAGUAUACCAUUUUACAUAUACACAACUAGAUUAAAGCACAAAAUCAAGUAGUAGUACAUAUUUUAUAACAAUAAAUGCUUUCCAACGCUUGGAGAAACGUACAGCAGGGUGUUGUACGCAAUCUGACCGCUGCGUAUUUUCGAGGUGUGUGCAGUGGCGGACGCCCGCUCGCUUGUGCAAGUGCAAAUGCACUUAACAUCAAGCGGAAUAGCGCGGAAUUAAUGUCGCUGCGACGUUUUGACAUCAAAAUACAAAAGUUACUUAAAGUUGGUAUAAACAGAAUGCAUAGCUCUGUGGAGGAUUUAAAAUGGGCUUCCAUGCAUGUGAAGGUAUUGCCAGCGCUUCAGGACAAUUUCAUGUAUUUGAUUAUCGACAACUCAACCAAGGAGGCUGCCAUUGUUGACCCGGUCGAUCCGGAAAGUGUUAUAGCUGCUGUGCAAGCUGAAAAUGUGCAUCUUACUAAGGUGCUUACCACGCACCAUCACUGGGAUCAUGCUGGCGGUAAUGAGAAAUUAGUUAAGAUGUAUGGCAAGCCGCUGGAAGUGUACGGUGGUGAUGAUCGCAUUGGUGCACUAACGCAAAAAGUGUCUCAAGAUGAUCGCAUACAGAUUGGGAACCUUAAAGUGAGUUGCCUUUUUACCCCUUGUCACACCACAGGACACAUUUGUUACUUUGUGGAAUCGUCAAAUACUGAUGACCGCGCCGUUUUUACCGGUGAUACUCUAUUCCAAGGAGGCUGUGGGCGUUUCUUUGAAGGCACACCCGAUCAAAUGUACUCGGCAUUGUGCCAAAAAUUGUCUUCCUUACCGGAUGAUACUAAAGUUUUUUGUGGUCAUGAAUAUACAUUGCAGAAUAUGGCAUAUGCGCGUCAUGUAGAACCAUUGAAUGAUAAAAUUUUAAAGCGCAUCGAAUGGGCAAAGUUACGCCGCGCUACCAAAUCACCCACUGUGCCCUCGACCAUUGGCGAGGAGAAGUCGUGGAAUCCAUUCAUGCGUGUACACGAGGCCAAUGUGCAAAAGCAUGCUAAUGAACAGGAUCCCAUUAAGACUAUGGGCAGCUUGCGCAGGGAAAAGGACAACUUCAAAGCUUAGGGAAGGAAAUGAGGGCGAAGAGAACAAAGAGUGCUGUUGAUGAUGGUGGUACUGUGGAAAUAAGCGCACAUUUAAUUUUUGUUUUUACAUAUAGGGUUAUGUAUCUUUUGUUGGUUUGGUUGUUUAUAUAUAUGUACAUAGAAGUCUUUAUAUUACUUCGGGGCAUGAUAAAAAUUUAGUAAGGUAGAACCGCUGAGAGGCACUUUCAAAAUUCUUGACGUUUCCUAGCAAUUCGAUUUCAAAAUUUACUCACAAACUCGCACACACACAUUUUAACU